CCCAGAGAUUGGAAGUUUGCAACCUCCCCGGGAUCGCGUUCGCCAGUUCAAAGGCUCUGUCGCCAGUUCCAUUUUCCGGUUCAAAAAAGCCCUGGCAGAGUUCCGCCCCCGGGCUGGGAAUCGCGAGAUGAGGUAGACUCGCCGCCCCCGGAUUUCAUAGAGCGUCCCUUGGGCCCUUUUCUUAGAAAGAGCGCAAAUUGACAUGAGACGGGAUCCCUCCUCGGCCCCGAGACAGUAGAAGACUUUCAUCUGCCUCCGAUCGUCCGACCUCCCAGCCGGAGGCAGCGUCCAUCCGCCAGCCGGGCCCGGCCCCGCCGCAGCGAACCCCGAUUUCUCAUCUCAUUGCCGGCCGUACGACCUACGAAUUGUCAUCACGGUGGAGCUGAUUUUCCAGAUCGAAGUUUGCCGCGUCCAGCGCCGUGAAAUGGAUGAUAUGGGGAUGGGGGAUAACUCCCAAGAGCCAGAAAUGACUAUUACGAAUACCAGCAACGAUCUGUCUUCAGAUUCAUCAGAUACAAUUUUGAAUAUUUCUGUUAACCUUAGUAUGUCUGCUAGUAAUAGUGACCUACUUCUGCAGCAAGGAUCCAUCGAGGGUCAAGCUAUGGUGCCUAUGGAAGUUCUGUAUUCUCUGAUGCAAGAAGGUGGGAUUAGGGCGCGCUUGAAUCCCGAAGUGUCUGCUCUCAUAGUGAGCGAAUUGCUCAGGCUCAGUGAAUCAGAUAGCAAUACAACCAGUGAUGAUGAGGACUACGUGCCUCCAUCUCGUGGGUUAACUAUCUCUCAGAUAAAACGUCUGCCUGCUUAUAAAUACAAAGCAAAAAAGCAUAAGUGUCCCCAGACAAAAUGCCUUAUCUGCUUAGCUGAUUUCAAAACAAAUCAAUUCUUACGACGGCUACCUUGCCUCCAUCAGUUCCAUCGUGGAUGUGUUGAUAAAUGGUUGAAGCGUAAUAAAAAAUGCCCAAUCUGCAGAUGGGAAGCAGUUCCAAAAUAUAUCCGAGCAGUGGAUAUUCAAGCAUGAUUUGGUUUCUUUCUCAUCCUUCCACACUUAUAAUUCAGUUGCAUUCCGUAUUUGUGAUGUUUCUUUUCAUUGUGCAUUGAAAAAUCAAUUGACUUUAAAGCUAAAGUUAACCAACAUAUAUAUAAUUGUAUAGUGGUUAUUAUAACUUUCAAGAUUGUAUGAAGACGAAUAGUGCAGUACACUCUUGCCAAUCCUUUUAAUAUAAAAUGUUCAGUUUUUUAAAUUAUAAUUAUGUUUGUAAUUUCAUUCAUAGUUUCUCUAUAUGUGUGUUGGUAAGAAAAGUGAACUGUCAUUAAAAAUGACAACUGGUUUAAAUGUAUUAUUGUGUAUUUUUUGAAGUUCAUGUGUUUGGAAAACAUCUACCAAAAUGUCAGGUUGUGAAAAAAAAAUGAAUGAGAUUUUAUUUAGAAAGAAUAUUCAAAGAAACUUAAAUAGUGAUAAUUGUGAUGAAGGCAGUCUUUCCUAUAUUAUGAUACUAUGUUGUAACAAAAUUCAGUCGUUUCACUUCAACCUAUUUUGAGUCAGUAAUAAUUCAGUCUCCUUUCCCUUUACCUUGGUGAGUAUUCAGUUCAAAAAGUUAAAAACUAUUUUUUAUCAUGAGCUUACAAGUGUUAACUACAAAAACCUCAACUAAUCUUUGAAUUCUAAUCAAAAUUUUAGUACAAUUGAGUAUAACUUUUUGUAAGUAAAUCAAAUGGAGGAAAAACCAGACAUUUUGUUACAACUUAGUAUAAUUGUUAGAGUUUAGUUUUCUUACAUUUUUCCUUGUAUUUAUAUUUUUAAGUUCAGUUUUUCUUUUUGAAAUGUAAUUAACUGAGAUUAGUGAGAUUGCACUGUUUACAUUCAAACAGCAACUACUUUAUAAUGAAUGUGGUUGUUCUGUUAGUGAGAAGCCCUCUUUAACUAUAUACAGUUCGCGGUUCUAGAAUUUAAAAAAAAAUUAAUUCAUGACAGUAAAAAAAUUUUAUAUAUUUUUAUAAAAUAUUUGCCACAACUUGAAUUUUGUCUUGUCAGAUUUAAAUUGUUAAGCAGAUUGUAUGUACUCUUGUCAUUUGAAGAUAGCUGUACUCUUUUUUCAGAAACAGGUGUUUCACUUAUUGUAAACAAAUAUAUUUAUAUUGGUGUUUAACUUUAUUGUAUUACUUUAUUGAGUCAGGAUGAAGAAAGUCUAAGCUUACCACUUGGUUUUCUUUUUAAUCAAAACAGAGAAAGAAGAAUGAAAUGCCCCUUGAACUGGGUGUAGUUUGCCCUAAUUUUUUUUUGUAUAGGGCCUUUUAUAGUUGAAAGUAAUCGUAUUGUACAAUACUGGAUAUUCUGUACAAAUUUCUCAAUUAUGUUAUAUGUUAAAUUAUUUUUAUAAAUAGCUUUUGUUGUCCUCUAAUGAUUAGUUUACAUUCAAAUUUAUUUCUUUAACCAAAAAUUGUAUAUUUUUAUAUUUCCAAUAAAAUGUUACCACAGUAAAA